UAAAUAGCUCGAGGGGCGGGCUGAAGUCCGCGGCCGGACUGUUUACGGAAGCCGCGUCCGGCGGAGCUGCUGCUGCUGCUGCUGCGGGCGGUGCGUUCCCCUUCGCCAGGAUUUAAUACAAUGAAGCCAAAAACAACUCAUGUGUUCAUUCUGGGCUCCCUUUGUUUAGCUUUUUAUUGUUUGUGUACUGCUCACAAACUCUACAAAAAUGACAAUCAUGAAUGGAAAAAGCUGUUUAUGGUUCACCACUGGCCUACAACUGUAUGCAAGGAAAUUGAAAACGAUUGCAGAGAUCCUCCUGAUUACUGGACAAUACAUGGACUAUGGCCUGAUAAAGCUGGAGAGUGUAACCGAUCAUGGCACUUUAAUUUAGACGAGAUCAAGGAUCUUUUGCCUGACAUGAAGCAUUUCUGGCCUGAUGUAAUCCAUCCAUCUCCUAAUCGUAGCCAAUUUUGGAAGCAUGAGUGGGAAAAACAUGGAACUUGUGCAGCUCAGCUAGAUGCUCUAAAUUCUCAAAAAAAAUACUUUGGUAAAUGUCUGGACUUUUAUAAGGAUAUUGACCUCAACAGUAUACUCCUGAAGUUAGGUAUAGAGCCAUCUAUCUCAUACUACCAGCUUGCAGAUAUUAAGAAUGCCCUUACAAGUGUGUAUGGAGUAACACCAAAAAUUCAGUGCCUUCCUCCAGAACAGGAAGAAGAUGUACAAAUUCUUGGUCAAAUUGAAUUCUGUUACAGUAAAGACCUACAGAUGAGAAAUUGUACUGACCCAGAGGUAGAUCCUCCCUUCCUGCAAAAUGCUUUAUUGACUGAUGAGAAUUUCAUGAGUCAUGGGCUCUCUAUCUGUGAAGAUGGCCCAGUUUUCUAUCCCCCUCCAGAAAAGUCAAACCAUUAAUGUUUGGAUGAUUGGGAAUAUUUGGUAUUUGGUCAGAUGGCUUGUAUUACAGGAAGCAAGAAAGUUUCACAAAACUGUUUGACUAAAUACAUGUUUUUUUUAAAAAUUUAAUUUUAGUGGAUCUUCCCAAUGUUUUACAAAGGAAAUAGAGAAGAAAAGGCACAUCACCUCCGAAAAGCAAAGUUGUUGUUUUUAAAUAAAAUGUACAAAGUUUGUGUUUAUUUUCUAAACUACAAGAAUGGUUAAAGAAACAAAAAAUAAGGGUCUAUGUAAGUCUUAGUAAAUUGUUUUAAUAUUUGCUAUGUGAUGACUUGUACAGUUCAAAAUGUGAUCCUCCCAUGGUGGAUGGUAUCUUUGGAUAUCCGGAGUCUUUUCUUGUUUGUGCAUCAUAGGAGGACCACAGUACAGGUACCCAGCAUGGUUUCUCAGAAAUAGUGUUGCAUUACCAGGAUGUUUUUCCAUUGUUCUAACGUGGCUUACACUAGAAUAAAUAAAGUCUGAUUACUUUAUUUUUCUUGUCAUAGCAACCUGUAUAAGACAUAUCAUAUUCUCACCAGUUCUCCUUGCUGAGGAUAGCAGGUAUUUCAUCUUCCUUCUCCACUCAGAAUUAAAUAUAAGUGCCAAAAAAUAAACAAGCCCUUUUUGCCAGAAAAGAAUAGAGCACUUAUUAUUUAAAUUUGUGCUUUUUUUUUUUUAAGAUUAUAUUGUUGGAAAAAUAAAUAAUUAAUGUUGGUCAUUAAUUAACAUGACAUUUUCCCUCUCUUGAGGUAAUUAGGGCACCUUGGAGGACUUGGGAAAAUUGACAAAUAGGGCAAAAUAUUGUGACAAAAAUAUAGUUACAAAAUGUGGUGCUUCUGUCAUUUUGGAUACUGUAUCCAGCAGAAAUUGUUAUACAUCAUCUUUAUUUGGUUUCACAAUAACAUAAUGUUCUUGUUAAUGAUCCAAAACACUCUAGGCUACAAAUAGAUAACUGCAAUGUGAGAACCUGUACCCACUCUGUGAUAAUUUCAUUUUUUUUUUUUAAGUGGGGAUUUCUAAUGAUCUGUGAAGUCAGCUGCUUUCCAUGCUUUAUUAAAACCAUCUCUUUACA